CUUCUGUCACUGUCAGCAUCACGUUGUUUAACUUUUGUUAUUAUUUUUUGUUUUAUCAAAAAUAAAAUAAUUGGGCCACAUUUAUUUCAGUGUACAGAGGUUUUCAGUGCAGUUGAUAGUGCAAUACAUAUAAACCGAAAAAAAUGUAUAGGCCACCUUUCUCUCCACGGCCUCGAUAUCCGAUGUCCUCGAAUACUUCUCAUAACCUAAGACAUAGUUUUUACCCUCGAAAACCAUUGAACCAUGAUUUUGGACAGGAUAUACCCCGGGAACAUUGGUGUGAAACAUGUGAUAGAGAUUUCCGGUCAGCACAACAAUUACAGACCCAUAUUCAGCAACAUGAGACCUGCAAUAUUGAUGGAUGUAAAUUUGUUGCACACCCCAAAGUCAUUACAAAACAUAUCCAAAUGCAACACUCUUCUGGCUUGUAUAAUAAAAUAGCUAAAUUAGACAAUCCUGAAGCCAUUCAGAAGUGGCGAGAAGAACGCAAAAAGAAAUAUCCGACUAAAGUUAAUGUUGAGAAAAAGACAGCAGAAAUAAAGGAAAAAAUUGAUAGAGGAGAGAAAAUGUGUCUUGAAAGGAAAAAGAAAUUUCAAACCAAUAAUAAAAGUGGAUUCAAGAGAGAAAAAGACACACCUAAUAAGAAUAAUUUAAAAGUUUCAAAUAUUACUAACAAUAAGAAAAGGCAUCGACCAGCAAAGAUUAGUGCAGAGGUUAUCCCAGAAGAGAAAAAAAUGAAGAUGCAACCCUUUUGUGGUAUUCAAGAUUUAUUAACCAACAGCGACUCAGAAGAAAUGACAGUGGAAACAAGUAACAAUUUCUUGAUAGAUGAUGAGGACUUUGUUGAAGAUUCUGCCACCCCCAUACCAUCCAAAACAUCAGAAAAGACUGCAGUCUGUAGUGCCAUAUCUAAUCUCAUCUGUAAUUAUGGAUCAUCUGAUGAAGAUGACACAGAAGUGACUCCAGUAGACCCACCAAAAAAGGUAAAUGAUAUUUUACCUAAAAGUGAUAUUGUUACUGAAUCUAAAGAAAUCAGUACCAGUAAGAAUAUCAGUGAUGAUGACAGUGGCCCGGAUGAGGUCAAGACAAAUAAUAUUAAGGAAAAUGUUGAAUCUGAAAUGCCUGCUGUAGAGGCAUUAAAGAAUACUACAAAGAAAUUUGAUAAAUCAUCAGCAAGGAAAGUUUCAUCAUUCAAUCAUGGAAGACAUGUAAAAACCAGUAACCAUAAGUAUAAACCAAAGAUACCAUCAACACUGCUCCAAAAGUUAUUGUCAAAAGAAAUAAGACAAGAAAGAAAUAUUGUAUUACAAUGUAUAAGGCAUAUUGUUACAAAUAAUUACUUUGAAGAUAAGAAAUAAAACGUAAGUCAGGUAUUCCAAUUAACGUACGUAUAAAUAAUGAUUUGUACAGAAA